AUGGCGAAGGAGAAGGAAGCCGACGCGAGGAAACGGAAGCCCACCGCCGAACCCUGCCCCGACGACAGCCAUCAGGGACAAGGCGGCGGCGACGUCGCAAAGGAACCCCUGUUGCCGCCCUCGCCGGUGUCCCCGCCCUCGCCGGUUGCCCCGCCCUCGCCGAUGGCCCCGCCCUCGCGGAUGGCCCCGCCCUCGCGGAUGGCCCCGCCCUCGCCGAUGGCCCCGCCCUCGCCGGUUGCCCCGCGCUCGUUGCCCAUGGUCUUCCGCCGCCCAAGAAGUAGGCUUCCGCCCUCGCCGCUUGGGUCUUCGCACUCGUCGUCACCCGUCGGCUCUCACUCAGCACGCAAGUUUCUCCGCUUCUUUGACAGAGAAACAGCGCCGAUCCCCUCCUCAACCUAUCCCUACCCACAGAAGUCCUCGGAGGAUGAUGGACCCGAGCUCUCCCUAGGAUUCGUCGAGGUGAGAUUCUUGAUCCGGAUCGCGGUCGGAGUUCUUGGGGAUCUUGAGAUUCUUGUUUCUUUCUCUUGCUCAUUGGAUCGGUAUCGCAUCACGCAGGAGCCGGAACAGGACUUAAUCGGCGGCGAGAAAGACAAAAUCCCUUAUAUCGGAGAUAUGGAGCCCCUUUCCUCAUUAGCCGAUGAGUACCAAUCGGGCACUUUCAUCUUUAAGAGGAAGAUCGAGCUUCUUCAGGAAAAACACAGAGGAAUCAGGCGGGUAAAAAGGGAUGGAAAUUGUUUCUACCGCAGCUUUAUCUUCGCCUACUUGGAGUACCUUUGGGAGUCCCAAAAUGAAGCUGAGAUGGUGCGUGUUCUUGCAACUGCUGAAAGUUUGAGGGAGAAAUUUUUUGAGCUUGGAAAGUCGCCGAUUAUAAUUUCAAAUUCCUGCGACGUAUUCAUCAAGACGGUGGACAAAAUUCGGAAGGGGAAGCUGAAUCAUAUGGAGCUUCUUCAGAGUUGCCGUGAAGAAAUGUCAGAUAAUCUCGUUAAAUUCCUCAGGAUGGUUGCUGCUUGUGAAAUGUGCAGAAGAAAAGACCACUACGAACCAUUUGUCGCUGGGAUGUCAAACACAACUGUGGAAAAGUACUGCCAGAGGUCCGUCGAACCACUGGGGGAAGAAACUGAAAACAUGGAGAUCCGAGCUCUAUCUGAUGCCUUAGGAGUGCCACUACGCUUGGUGAAUCUUGACCAGAGCUUGACUAACGGUGUCCCUUUGGUAAUUGGUUUUAACUUUGGACCCCCUGACGAUCCCACAGACAUUGAUAAGCAUGCACCUCUCUUCACCUUGCUGUAUCGGCCUGGACAUUACGAUAUUCUGUACCCUAUCUGAGAUCAGCAUGGGUAUCGUGUUCUCUUACAGUCACCAUCCUCGCAGGACAAUAAGUGUGGCAUGGUUUAAAGUUCCUCCAAAUGUGGCGACUCUUUAUUUCCAGGUGACAUGUGUAUAUAUAUAUGGAACAGAGG